AGCCACUCGCUGCUGCCAACCGCUCGCUCUGCCCCCUCCCUGCCGAAUGCAGCUCACCCACACUCGCGCACACACUCUCAGAUACACAAACACACGCGCGCACACACGCACACACACACGGCGCCCGGAGGGUGGGAGCGCGGCACAGUCAGACGGGCGAGCCGAAGGGAGCGAUGAGGAUCGGCACCGCCGAGGGCAACCGGAGCCUUGUCGUUUGCGUCCUGGGGGCGGCUCGGCACCUCCUGACCCGAAUCCCAUUACCACACACGGGGGUUUGCGGUGGUCAGGCUACUGCCUGCUUCUCGGACAAUCUCCGGGCAAUGUGUGUCCUCCCUAAAGGUGAAGAUAUCAACUGAGCCCCUUUCUCCUACCUCCCCAUCCGAUGUUGGUAUCCUGCCAUCCAUUUUCUCUGCCAACAGGAAGAAAGGAUCAAAAGACAAAGAACAGCAGAAUAAUAUAAUUCAUUGCAGGUUACCCGAGAGGAGUGUCCGUUAUGUUCAGUCUGCACAGGACCAAAUGGUCAAAUUAAUCUGUCACCAGGCGCAAACUAUGGAGAAGGCCCCUGUCACCUGCAUUAUCUCUUUCCGAUUCCACAAUUAUUGAUAGUAGAGCAUUUUGAUCUGAAUACAGAGCUGGAAUGCUGUUUGGUAGCAAGUUCUCUAAUGCAUCCAGAUUUGUUAACAUCCACUGAAAACAGCUUGGAUAUUUUUGCACGGGAGGAAAAGACGUCACUUUUGGGGAUACUUUGUUGUGCCUGGAUAUUUUAGACAGAACUAAUCCAGAUGGCUACAUUCCUAUUGAGACCCUCUAAGUCGCUGACUUAUGGUUGCAACUGACCAAAGUAACCAGCUGAAGAAUUCUUUCAGGCGCCUUUCCACUAGACAGCACCUGUUUUACCAAGAGUUUUAGCGCAUAGAGGUUUUGAUGGUGAUACAGCUUAUACAGUAUGGCUGCAGGAGUGGCAACCUGGCUGCCCUUUGCCCGGGCAGCAGCUGUGGGCUGGCUCCCACUGGCCAAGAAGCCUAUGCCCAAACCUCCUCUGGACAGUAAACGCCGCCAUGAUGAAAUCUUAGUGGUCAACGUUAGUGGAAAACGCUUCCAAACGUGGAAGAAUACCCUUGACCGUUAUCCAGAUACCUUGUUAGGCAGUUCCGAGAAGGAAUUCUUUUUUGAUGAAGACAGUAAGGAAUAUUUCUUUGAUCGUGACCCAGAGAUGUUUCGGCACAUUCUCAACUUCUAUCGUACUGGCAGGCUCCAUUACCCCCGCCAGGAGUGCAUACAGGCCUUUGAUGAAGAGCUGUCCUUUUAUGGAAUCAUCCCAGAGCUGAUUGGUGACUGCUGCUUGGAGGAAUACCGAGAUCGUAAGAAGGAGAAUGCAGAGCGCCUGGCUGAGGAUGAAGAAGCCGAGAAUGCCAAGGACACUUCCUUGCCGCCAGAUAGCACAUUCCGCCAACAGCUCUGGAGAGCGUUUGAGAAUCCCCACACCAGCACCAUGGCUUUGGUCUUCUACUAUGUGACUGGUUUCUUCAUAGCCGUCUCGGUUAUUGCCAAUGUGGUGGAGACGAUCCCAUGCCGGCCACCUCCUGGGCAGAAGAGAAACAUGUCCUGUGGAGAUCGUUUCCCCAAAGCUUUCUUCUGCAUGGACACAGCCUGUGUCCUCAUCUUCACCUUUGAGUAUUUCAUGCGGCUUUUUGCUGCCCCAAGUCGGUUUAAGUUCAUGAAAAGUGUGAUGAGUAUCAUUGACGUUGUGGCCAUCAUGCCUUAUUAUAUUGGGCUGGUGAUGCCAGAAAAUGAAAAUGUCUCUGGGGCCUUUGUGACCCUGAGAGUCUUCCGUGUCUUCCGCAUCUUCAAGUUCUCACGUCACUCACAGGGCCUAAGGAUCCUGGGCUAUACUCUUAAGAGCUGUGCCUCGGAGUUGGGCUUCCUUCUGUUCUCCCUCACUAUGGCUAUCAUCAUCUUUGCUACUGUUAUGUUCUAUGCUGAGAAGAGCACAACGGAGACCAACUUCACCAGCAUUCCUGCUGCCUUCUGGUACACUAUUGUCACCAUGACCACACUUGGCUAUGGUGACAUGGUUCCAAGCACCAUUGCAGGGAAGAUCUUUGGAUCCAUCUGUUCUCUAAGUGGGGUGCUGGUCAUCGCCCUUCCUGUACCUGUCAUUGUUUCCAACUUCAGCCGUAUCUACCACCAGAAUCAGCGGGCAGAUAAGCGACGAGCUCAGCAGAAAGUUCGCCUGACCCGAAUACGACUGGCCAAGAGUGGCACUACCAACGCUUUUCUUCAGUACAAGCAGAAUGGAGGCCUUGAGGACAGAGAUCCUGAUGCACAUGCCUUGGCAGUGCGUAACCGAUCAGCUUUUGAACAACAGCACCACCAUCUCUUGCACUGCUUGGAGAAAACUACAAGUCAUGAGUUUACCGAUGAACACACCUACAGUGAUUGUCUGACUGAGCCCCUGGGUUACCGCACCAGCCGCAGCACCUCUCUCUCCUCUCAGCAAGGAAGCACCUCCUGCUGCCCCCGCCGCAACAGGCGCCGCACCACCCGCCUCACCAACUCCACCAUGUCUGUGAGCCGUGCCAGUGCUCAAGAGCUGGAUAUGUUGAACAGCCAGAAAAGUGCUGCCCCCCAGAGUCGCUCCAACUUGAAUGCCAAAACCCACGACAACUUGAAGCUGAACUGUGACACCACUGACUUCACAGCUGCCAUUAUCUGCAUCCCCACUCCUCCUGCCAACACACCAGAUGACAGUCAGCCUCCGUCACCUAGAGGCCCUGGUGGACCUGUACGCAAUUCCAGCCUUUCCCCUCCAUACCUUCUUCACGAGACUGUCAAAAUCUCCUCCUUGUAAGAGGAGGCUGGGGUGGGGUCGGGUUGGUGAUCCUUUCUCUUUCUGGAGUCCCUGUUGGUCAACAAAGUCUUAUUUAGGAUCUGGGGAUGGGAUCUUCCACAUCAGUGUUCCACCCCAUCCUGUUGCUGCAACCUGGAGGAGAUCAGAGGGAAUCAGCUUUCUUUUUAAGGGUGACAUUGAUACCUACCAACACAGGAAGUUCUUACGUAAGAGGUGCCUGCCCAACUCCCAUACCCCAGCAGUCAAAGCCAUAGAGGAGAUGAAGUGGAUCCCAGAUGCUAUGCAACUUCAGAAGAGUAGAGCAAUGCAGGGAAAACUGGGUCACAGUAGAUGGAUCUCUGGGGUACUCAGGAACAUAUCCCAGCUAUGGGGGAUGGGUUUUUUACCCUUUAGAUAGUUUUCACAAUACCAAACCUCUUGUCUCUGAAGUUGUGAACAAGGAUGAGCUAAGACUCCUAUUUUUUGUUCUCUUAACUGUAGAAAUGAAGAAGGCUUUAGAUUCUAGAGCAGGAAAGGAAUCAAGGACUUUGGCACUCAUGGCUUUGGAAAGGAAGAAGAAUCUAAAUGGUGAAAUCGUAGAUUUCCUACAUUAGUGUGGCCAGGGCGGACAGAUGAGUUGCCUGAAUGUACAGCCAAAAAACUCAGAAAACCUAGUCCUCAAGGUCUAGGUUUCUCAAGAAAGAGAAAACCUCUUUAAUUAAUUCUGUCCCCAGCAUAGUCAAGAAACUGCUGUGGAGUGAUUAGAGCAAUGACCCAUAGAUGCUUGCAAGAUUUAAGGAGGGAAAUGAAAAAGGGGAAAAAGAGACAGAAUCAACAAAGCUUCCAACAAUUUUUCUAUCUCCUGGCUAAGCCAUGACAUCACUGGGGUGGAUGGAGCCUGAAAGUUUCCCCAAAACCCCAGCUGCCACUUUUUCUCUUUCUCUCUCCUUCUCUCCCAAAACCUGUUCUGUCUCUUGGAAACUGCACUUUAAAAGAAAAAAAGUCUAUUGCACCAAAAUGCUACACCUCAUGGGAAUCUCAUGUACUAUGAUCCCAACCAUACAUACACACACAAACAAACACAAAGAGAAGCCUGCACUUCCCCACAUUGUGUAGCAUAAAGACUGUGCAUGUGUAUUAUACCUCCAAGAGUGAGAUCCCAAGUCCACAGCUGCAAACUGUCACAUGCAUGUAUAGCUGGGUUCCCAUCUCAUCUCGCCACCCUGAUGGAAGAUACGCUGUGAAGAACUGAACCAACUCUGCAGAGCAGGAUAACAAUGGUCUAUGUGGCCAUCCUUCUUCUACAGACAUUUUUUGGAUUAAAUAAGCAGGGAGAGAAAGACUGAAUCUUGAUAUUAACCAAGCACUAUAACUGGGGAAGGAAUUAAAGAUGGCAGAAGGCAGAGAAAAAGAAAAAGCACUUUGGUGGGAUAAUGGAUACCGUUCUAGGUAUCAGACCAGCCACAAGGCCCAUAGCAUGCAUCAAGUUGGCCAGCUCUCAUGUCCAGAAAAGGAUUUUCUCUCAAACAGGAAUGGCUUCUUUGUUCUGUGUCCAUCUUGACUGUUUUCUGGUGUUUGUUUUUUUUUUCUAAUUAUAUUGGAUUCUCUCUCCUGGAUAUGUAUCUGGAAUAACAAUAACCUAUUAUGAGACAGCUGAAAAUCACCAGUCAAUUAAGACACAACUUACAGGAUGUCCUACAGUCUUCCACAAAUUGAUGCCCUCCACAUAUACUGGGCUGUUUCCCACAAUUCCUCAGCCAGCAUGAAAUUUGGCCACGCUAAAGAAUUAUGGGAACUGGUGAUGCCAAAUUACAAAAAACCCUGCUCUACUGGAGGCCUGCAAAGCAGCAGUAUAUUAGCGAAUAUGAAUGCAAUGAAAUUGGGACCACAGGAUGCUGAAAGUUAGUACCCUCAGACAGACCCACAUAACACAUACUCUGGCCUUUCUCCCUUUCUUCCUCUCCAUUUGUUUCUCAGGGCUGCUGUUCAUUUAUGCACCAGUUUCCCACACCACAAGUAAAGCAAUAUCUCCAUGUGUCGGAUAGUUAAAAGAAAUGCUGUCAAUUUUCUUCUGUGCACUUUAAUGCUGAUCACAAAUGUACUUUUAACAAACUGGGAUCUGAAUGAUAUCAAAGGAAAAGAAUAUGUCUUUUAUUCUUUUUUAUCUCUUAAGGGAACUGGAAAUUCAACGAUAGUUUUAAGUACAAAUGCUUGAAAAAAACCAUGCAGACAGCUCAGGAACAGAAUAUAGUUUGUUCAUUUUCCUGAAAUCUUUUGGGUUUUUUUUUCCAUUAAUGGUGCUAGCAGGCAUUCUGGGAAUAAAGCAGCCCAACUGCACAAUGAAAAUCUCACUUAUAACCACCCUAAAUGUAGAACAUAGUACUCAGUGUCCAACUGCUUCAGAGUUAAAUUGAACAAAAGUUCUCUAUCCUCAUGAAACUGAUAGCAAUAUUCCCAGGUUUUACUAUAUGCAAAGGGCAAUCUGUAUUUUCUUCCACAUAGUUCCCUUCUCCAAUCUCCAGAUUUCCGUCUGUGAUCUGUCUCUAAUGAAGGCCAUAAGUAUAUAUGAGAAUUCUUACACGUCUAAUAACAAUGCAUCAGAAUCCACUUGCAAAGCUUUUUCUGGAUUAGAUAAUGUACUGCUUCAAGAAUGUUGUGGUAAAGGUACAAGUCUGAAUGGUCCUCUCUUAAGAGUGAAAAAAAAAAGUCACCAAAAAAAACUAGAAGGAACUUUCUCUAACUUAUGAAUUCACCAUAUGCAAGGCGUUUGACUUUUGUUUCUGAUAUGCAAACAAAUCCUUUCACUUUUCGAGAUGAUGGAAUAAUCUGGGACAAUGUUACUUGUCCAUUUUCCUGAAUAUAUGAAUAUUCUGGAUUUAGCCCUCAAUAUAACAAGGUUCUUAGCCCUGCAGGAAUGAGAAAAGUGGUUGGACUAGAAAAGAAUUCCCUUUGUUCUCAUGCUGUGUGGGUUUGUGAUGUGUAUAAUUGUAGUUUCACAUCAACUCAGGUUCCUAUUUGGGUACAAAUAGGAGAAACAAAACUGAUCUGGACUGAAGGGAGAUUGUGUGUAUUUUGAGGGAGAAAUAUGUCAAGCAUAUGGGAUGGGGUUAAUGGAGGGUCAGGAGGCAUCAUUACUGAAGUAUACUUUGAGAGAAGAUGUUGAAGAGAGAAGAUGGACACUGUUGUAGUUUUGUGCCAAUAAACAACAUUGGAUGAGAGCUCCAAAGCA